GAAGUGAGCUUCCAGGCAUUGAAGUCUCUAACAAUGUAUCAGCAGAAUUUGGAGAUAAUAUCGUACUUAGUUGUAACCUUACCAUCACUCAAGCCGCUUCUGCAAGUCAGACUGAACUAACCAAGCUGAUGUGGGCCAAAGAUGGUCGGCUUAUUGAAAAAGUUCUUUACCCAAGAGAACAGUCGCUUAAAUCCCUCAAGAUUUAUGUGGACCGUCCUGAAGUUGGUGGUAUCUACUCUUGUCACUUGACAUCCAAGCUAAGAAAAGUCAAGGAGUAUAAUGUUACUGGUAGCACCUAUGUGUCAGUUCAGCCUAGAUUUUUCCCUGAAAAGAAAGAAGAAAAGAAUGUGAAUCGGCUUGUGUGCACUGCUCAGGGAAAUCCACUGGUGACCGAAUGGAAAAGAAAAAGCCUGCUCAACGAUGACAUCUCGGUCAUUCAUAUUAAAGGUAUGUAUAGAUGAAUGGAUGAAUAGAUGGGAU